AUGGAAUGUAAAAGGGAUGGUGCUUUAAGGGCCAAAGAACUUGCAGAGAAGAUGCUUUUACAGAAGGACUUUGGUCGGGCAAGAAUGUUUGCAAUGAAGGCUCUAGAAUUAAAUCCCAAUCUUGAUGGCCUUCCUCGAUUUCUAGCAACUAUUGAGGUGUAUAUCUCAGCUGAUAAAAAAGUUAAUGGAGAAGUUGAUUGGUACAGGAUCCUUGGUGUGCAACCCUUGGCUGAUGAAGAAACAAUUCGAAGACGAUAUAGGAAACUGGCUCUGACUCUGCACCCUGAUAAAAAUAAAUCUGUAGGUGCAGAUGGGGCAUUUAACCUUAUCUCACAGGCUUGGAGUUUGUUAUCUGAUAAAGCCAAGAGAAUCAGCUAUGACCAAAAGUACAACUUAUGGCGUACAUUCCAUGGAAAUCCUUCUGGGAAACCAUCUAUGCCAGCUAAUCAGAACGGUUUAUAUAGUAAUGUCUUCACUCCUGUGACGUUGAAACAUACAUUUUGGACCAUUUGCAAUUUCUGUGAGACAAAGUUUGAGUACCAUAAUGUUUAUAUUAACUCUGAUCUUGUCUGUACAUGCUGUCAUAAGCGAUUCAUGGCUUCUGAGACAUCGCCUCCAGCUGGAUACAGAAAUGGGUCAUCCACUUCAAGAAUAUCUCAGAUGAAGCAACAUAACUUCAACUCAAGCAGAAUGGAAAGAAGUAAUUAUCAUGUUCCUGGAAGGACACUAAUGUCUGCUGUCAAUUCAGCACAUGGGUCGGGCCCUUUCUCUAUGCCUAAUGGCACUUCCCGCUUUCCAACAUCAGCUUCUAGUGUUGCAGAGGCUCAUGGUGCUUUUAGUACGCUUUCUGAGAAUUUGAAGAGAAGGUAUGAAGAUUCAACUGCGUGGAGGGAGGAUGCACAUUUUGGGAAAACUUAUGUUGUUGAGAGAACUGGUGCUGGUUCAGUUUUUCAGUCCUCUCGAUUUGGUUCAAAUUCUAGUAUGAACGGUGACAAGCCAAGGAAGAGAAGGUCCACUGAUGAACAUAAAGUAGGUAGCGAUAGAAGAGAUAUGGAAAACAAAACAGUAUCUCAAAAUGAAGGAACAAACUUGGCUAAUGAGUUCGGGUCAGGAAGGGUAAAUGCUGCUGGAAAUUACAGACGCAAUGGUGCCAGGGACUUAUCACAGCUUCAAAUGAAGCAGAUAUUGGUGGAAAAGGCUAGGAAAGAGAUUCUGAAAAAGCUUGAUGAGUGGAAAGCUUCUUCUGCAUCAAAGAGUCUAGACAAGUCAAAUAACACUGAAACAGAAAUCAGUGAGAAGGGGAACAAUAGGGGAGUUAAAGGUUUAAAACCUGGUGAGCAAGAAUUUGUGGAUACUAAGGCUGCGGGCAAGAAGCGCUUUUCUGCUGAUCCAGAUCCUGAACUGCCUGGUUCUCUCUCUAUGAAUGUUCCGGACCCAGAUUUCCAUGAUUUUGAUGGAGACCGAAUUGAGAAUGCUUUUGGAGAAAACCAGGUGUGGGCUGCAUAUGACAAUGAUGAUGGCAUGCCUCGCUUCUAUUGCUUAAUCCAUGAUGUUAUCUCGAAGAAUCCUUUCAAUAUGAGGAUAAGCUGGUUGAAUACCAAAAGCAAUGAUGAAUUGGCCCCAAUUAAGUGGAUCAAUUCUGGCUUUCUUAAGACCAGUGGAGAUUUCAGAAUAGGAAAGCGUGUGUCCUAUGGCACUCUUAAUUCCUUCUCGCACAGGGUGAAGUGGACAAAAGGUUUGAGAGGGGUUGUCCAUAUAUACCCGAAGAAAGGUGACGUGUGGGCACUGUAUCGGAACUGGUCUCUUGACUGGAAUGAAUUCACUAAAGAUGAAGUAAUACAGAAAUAUGACAUGGUGGAGGUGCUUGAAGACUUCAGUGAAGAGCAAGGUGUCAAUGUUGCCCCUCUUGUCAAGGUUGCAGGUUUCAAGACAGUAUUUCGCCAGAAUGUUGAUCCAAGAAAAAUCAGGAAUAUUUCGAAGGUACAGAUGUUUCGUUUCUCACACCAGGUACCUUCAUACUUGCUUACCGGUGAAGAGGGUCCCAAUGCUCCUAAAGGUUGCUUGGAGCUUGAUCCUGCUGCUACGCCAAUGGAACUUCUUCAGGUGUUAACUGAAGAUCUGGAGCAAGAAAUAGUAAUGACAACUGAAAAAUCUGUGGAAGGUGAACUGAAGCAUAAAGAGAAUGCCAGGGAGGAGGGUUUGCUUAAAGAGUGCCAGACAACUAAGGAGGAAGGUUCUGAUGAAGGAUUGGGAGAGAAGAGACGCAAGCCAGAGAUUUUGUUUGUAUAUAAGCGAAGACGUCUGGGGCAAAAGUGA